CGCCACUGGUGGUGAAGCUUGAAAUCAAAACACCACACAAACAAAACAGCUCGUCAUUCUUAAACAAAGUCAAUCCGCGCCGAAAUUCGAUCUAAAAUGAAAGGCACCGGCGAGUACGGCGUUCCCCCUGUGAUGACUUAUGGUCUGCCCUCGACUGUUCACCAGCUGCAGGCGGCCCAUCCCUUGGAGCUCUCAGAAAAAAACUUCGCAGCUAACCAGGAAAAGGCCGAAAUGCGUGUCUUGCGAGCAACUCAGGGCGCCCACGCGCCUCUGCGCAUGCAGAUGGAGAGGCGGGCGGCGCGGCUGGCCGGCGGACGGCUCCCGUUUUUGCACAGCGAGCGGCUUGCCCUGGAGGUGCUCUCCGGCUACGACACGAGCAUCGCUUUCAAGGACGUGCUCAACACACCUGAGAUGUGCGAGCGGGCCGGCGUGCCCAGCGCCGAGAUGGAACGCUCCUUCCGUUUAUAAAUACCUUAGGUUUAAUGUUAUGAAUAAAUUUAACUGAUUGAUAAA